CUGAAUAUUAGAAAAAUAACUUUGCAAAAAAAAAAAAAAAAAAGAAGCCGUAAAACACAAAAUGGGAAGUGGAAGCAGAGUUGUGCUGUGUAAAACAUCAUCUUCCCUAAACUUGUUUGCACCUGCAGCUUUCACAGCCUCUCACCUCUCUUUCAAAUCCUUCCUCCUUUCUUCGCCGGCGACCAACUCUAGACUUCACCAUAAUCAUCGCAUGGCCACGGAAGCUUCAUCAUCUGCUUCAUCCGUCAAUGACGGUGACAAUGUCAUCCCCUCUUUGGCAAAUGACGCUGCUCCUUCUUCUUCUUCCUCUGCUAUUGACUUCCUCUCUUUAUGCCACAGCCUCAAGAAAACGAAAAGAGCAGGAUGGAUAAAAAGAGAUGUGAAGAAUCCAGAAUCAAUAGCUGAUCAUAUGUAUAGAAUGGGAUUGAUGGCUCUUAUUGCUCCCGAUAUUCCCGGCAUUGAUCGUGACAAGUGCGUAAAAAUGGCAAUUGUUCAUGAUAUUGCAGAAGCCAUUGUUGGUGAUAUAACCCCAUCGGAUGGGAUACCUAAGGAAGAAAAAAGUCGAAAAGAGCGGGAAGCAUUAGACCACAUGUGCAAAUUACUUGGAGGAGGACUCAGGGCCAAGGAAAUAAGCCAGUUGUGGAUGGAGUAUGAGGAGAAUUCAUCACCUGAAGCUAAAAUUGUGAAGGACUUCGAUAAGGUGGAGAUGAUCCUUCAAGCCUUAGAAUAUGAAAAUGAACAAGACAGGGAUUUGGACGAGUUUUUCCAGUCAACUGCUGGAAAGUUUCAGACUGAAGUGGGCAAAGCUUGGGCCUUAGAAAUAGCAUCAAGAAGAAAGAAGAGCCACUAGUUCAACUUUCUCGGGCAACAGGAAGGCACUAUUUUCUAGGUAUGAGUCCUACCUUGAAAGAUCUCAGAUCAUUGAGAAGUCGUCCAACCAAGCCGACAUGCUUAAGGAGAUUACAGAUUUCUGGCCCAGCCAUCACUUUCUCAGGUAAUGUUGUCCCCAGAAAGUAGGUCGUUAUGUGACAAAUAGGUCCUAAGGCAGACGAAAUGUAUGCAGCUUCCAUGUAUUCAUCUAGUGGUGGUAUCACAUUUCCUCGAGCCCAUUCAGCCUCUUUCAUCAUAGACUUGAUCAAAUUAUUCCACUGCAAGAAGAAGACGAAGAAGGAAGACAUCGAUGCUCAAUGUUAGAUUCUAUACAUUGAAAUAUGUAUUGGCUAGUCGUUAGGAAUAUGUUUCAAAACUCACGAUUUGGACUAAGUGGCGUUCGACACUUCUUCCAUGAUGUUUGAAUGCAAUGGCAUCAAGCUCUUUAAUCA